AUGAACAGCGCGACCUUCGCAAUCCUAGCAGACGCCGGGUACGAUAUCUAUCGAUGGGCCCUGGAUAGUAAUCCUAUUCAAGACUAUGAUGAGCCUUUUUUUCGUACUAUCGGUGAGCGAUGCUACACAAUUCAAACGACAUAUUUCUAUAUCCCACCUCAACUUGGCUUCUUUUCACCUGGGCCUUGUCGCUUACAAGGGGUAGAAGGCUGCUUUUUUGUUAAAAUGGCCAGCUUUUCUCUCAUGUUAUAUUUACUUCUCGGUGUUGCGAGUCUUUCAGGGGCAGGGGCACCUUAUGCUUUUUUACGAAAAGCUAUACUUUUACCUCCAAUAAUAUUCGUUUUUACCUGGAUCCUGAUGUGUGUGGUGAGUUAUGAGUAA